CUCCUGUUGAGUCUUCUCUCUUGGCUUUAUCUACUGCUCUGUCAAGUGCCCACUCCUUUGGUGUGGUUAUUUUGCUCAAUCAAAGAGAGAUAGAAAGAGCCCCACCCCUCAUUAAUGCAUUUAGACUUUUCAAUCCUUAUACUCUUGCAGGUAAGGAAGGUUCCAUGUGCUAACACUCAAAUCUUUACCAAUUACCAUUAAUACUCAGAAAUGACUGGUAAGACAAAUUAGUAAUUCUAAAACAUUUUACUACCUUUUCUUGCUUCAUCAUUUAUUUUCUUGCUGAAUUCCCAGGAUUUUUUCUCAUUUGUUUCAGUGUUUUGAUUUGAAAUCACAACAAAUUCCCAAAUAUGUGGUUAGAAAUUUACAGCAUUUCUGGUCCUUUCUCUUGUGACCAGGUGUUCGAUGUUUUGCUUAAAAAAACCUGAUUUUGGGUUUCUGGUUUACUUUAUGAAAUUCAGUGCUUUAAGGUGUAAUCAUAACAAUUUCAAAUGGGUAUGUGUAAUUAUUGGACCCUCUACUUUAUUCUCUCAAUCUCUUUUAGCUUUUACAUUAUGGGUACCUUUCAAUUGCAAUCCUCACAAGUUCAAGUUCUUCUACAAUUAAGAAAGCUUUUGGAGUACCCAAUUGAAUUGGAAGUGUGGAAUAAUGACAAGCAAAAUAUCUGUUUCAUGUCUUCCUCCACCAAAAUGAAUGUUACUUGUGAAAAUGAUGUUGUUACUGAGCUUAGGAUUAUGGGUAGUAAGCCUUCUAAAGAACCCAUCUUUUUUGGGUAUGCAAUUCCAAAUCUGACUUUGUCACAGAGAUUUUCAAUGGAUUCCUUUGUUGCAACUUUAGCUAGGCUAGGAAGUUUAAGAGCUCUUAGUUUAGUUUCUUUAGGCAUUUGGGGCCCACUUCCUGAUAAAAUUAAUAGGUUAUCUUCAUUGGAGUUUCUUGACCUAAGCUCUAAUUUUUUGUAUGGUUCUGUUCCACCAAGAAUUGCUACUAUUGUGAAGCUUCAAACACUUAGACUUGAUGGUAACUUCUUUAAUGAAAGUAUUCCUGAUUGGUUAAACUCUUUAUCAAAUCUUUCAAUCUUAAGCUUAUCUAAUAAUCAGCUGAAGGGUCCAUUUCCUGCUUCGAUUGGGAAAAUCAACAGUUUGCAUACACUUGCAAUGUCAAACAACAAGAUUUCUGGGGAUUUGCCUGAUUUAAGUAGUUUAAAUGGUCUUAAAGUAUUGGAUUUGAGUAGAAAUGAAUUCGACUCGAAACUUCCCAAUUUUCCUGAUGGUCUGUUAAUGGCAUUACUCAAUAAUAAUUCGUUCACCGGUGAAAUAUCACCACAAGAAUUCAGGAAACUGAAUCGCUUGCAGCAUCUCGAUUUAUCACUUAACCAUCUACAAGGAAGAAUACCCAUCAUUAUUUUCUCAUUGCCUAAUAUUGCUUACCUGAAUCUGGCAUCAAAUGAGUUUAGUGGAUCACUCCCUCCUCAUUUGGCAUGUGGGGAGAAACUCGGGUUUGUUGGCUUGUCGAAUAACAGAUUAACUGGUGAGAUUCCGAGUUGUUUAAGCAAAGUUACCGCGCAAUUUUAUGGGAAUUGUUUGACAGCUGCUGGUGUACAAAACCAGCAUCCACUGUCGUCUUGUAAGCUUCAGAAGAAGAAAAUUUCGAUAGCCAAAAGCGCAUUAACUUUAGUCGGUGUGAUUGGAGGAACAGUUGUUGUAAUGGGAAUUCUAGCCGUUGUAUUUCUAGUGAUUUUUCGAAGAUACUGUCGAAGAGGUUUUCGAGAGCAGAAUCUGUUGCAGAAGAAUGGUGUGGAAAGUAGUGCAACUGGAGUCACUUCAGAGAUUCUAAAAAAUGCAAGGUAUAUAUCUGAAGCAGCAAAAUCUGGUACACAAGAACUACCGGCUUGUCGAAUAUUUACCUUGGAAGAGCUUAAAGAAGCAACCAAAAACUUUGAUAUGUCUUCUUUGUUGGGGGAAGGUUUUAGAGGCAAGAUGUAUCGAGGAACGUUACAGAAUGGAACUGUGGUAGCAAUAAGGUGCCUAUCUCUGUCGAAUAAAUACACCACUCGGAAUCUCAAGCUUCGGCUGGACCUUUUGGCCAAGUUUCGGCACCCCCAUUUGGUUUGUCUUCUGGGCCACUGCAUUGACAAUGAGGCAAAGGCUGAUUCCGAUGGAAACAAGGUUUAUUUGGUUUACGAAUAUGUGCCUAAUGGGAACUUCCGCUCUCAUCUGUCUGAUCAUCGUCAAGUUCGAGCUCUCAAAUGGUCUGAGCGAUUAGUGAUUCUCAUCGAUAUUGCUAAGGCUGUACAGUUCCUUCACACUGGAGUCAUACCCGGUUUUUUCAAUAACCGAUUGAGAACCAAUAAUAUAUUGCUCGAUGAACAUCGAAGGGCAAAACUCGGUGAUUAUGGUUUGUCAAUCAUCAAUGAUGAUGAUGAAUUUGGAGGAAAGGUAACAAAUGCCAAAUCAUGGCAAAUGAAGCUUCUUGAGGAUGACAUAUAUUGCUUCGGAUUUAUACUAUUGGAAUCUAUCAUUGGACCGUCAGUUUCUGCCAAAAAGAAGGCAGUUCUGCUGAAGGAAAUGGCAUCACUUGGAAGCGAGGAAGGUCAGAGAAGAAUUGUCGACCCAAUCGUAUUGUCUACCUCGUCAAAAGAAUCAUUGUCAACAGUCAUCUCAGUAACAAACAAGUGCGUUUCAUCUGAAACAUCAACACGUCCUUCAUUCGAGGAUGUGCUUUGGAAUCUCCAGUACGCUGCUCAGCUACAAGGAACUGCAGAUGGUGACCCAAGAUUUAGCUCUCCGGCACAUUUAUGAGCUAUUUCCUGCAAAAAACUGGUGCUUAUCGAACUGGUGAAAACCAGAGUCUGGAAAGAACAAGGCACAUACUUAUAUUUACUGUAAAUGUAUUGGCCGUUAGCCCGAGAGAAAAGAGCAGACUCUCUCCACUUGCAGUUCUAAUUCACAUGCUCCAUGAGUUGUUGAAAAUAUGUAAUACAUGAUUUAAUUGGAACUGCUUUCAAACAUGUAUAUCUUGGCAAAUAUUCUUGUCCUUCAACUAGUUCUAAUGUUGUUUAUCCACAAAAA